AGAGAGAGGAGAGAAGUUUAGCAUGCGUUGCUUUCAGCAAAUUAUGCUCCUACUUGGCCUUUUGGGCCUUGUCUAUGAGACAGUUGGCCUAAAGGUGUCCUCUGGCUAUCAUAUCGUACACAACGAUCAUCUGCAGCCUCGUGGAGGAAACUUCCAUGGGUUUGGGUAUCUUCAGGGCACACCAAGUCAGUUUUUACUAGGAAAUGCCCUACCCACGGGACUGGCGGAUACUUCACCCGCACCUCAAAAUCCCUUCCUCUCAAUUGUGAACACCCCACGAGCGCCUCCGAUGCCAGCGCGAAUCACAUGCGCGAGUCCUCCAGCUGUGUGUGAGAAGUCGGCCUAUCGCACGAUGGAUGGCUCGUGCAAUCACUUGGAACGUCCAGGACUUGGCGUUCCCAAUACAAAAUACGGACGUCUUUUAUCGCCCAAGUACGCCGAUGGAAUCUCAGCACCAACUCGUUCUGUCACUGGCGAUGAGCUGCCCAGUGCACGUCUGGUAUCCCUGGUGGCGUUUGGCGAACAGGAUGUGCCCGAUCCCCAGUUCACGCUGCACAAUAUGCAAUGGGGCCAGAUAAUAACUCACGACAUGAGCAUGCAAGCUGGUGGAACCCAAUCAAAGAAACAUCCGACGCGUUGCUGCACCGAUGAUGGACGCCUGGUUGGCUUAGACGUUGCCCAUAAGACCUGCUUUGCUAUAAUUGUGCCGCCUCACGAUCCGGCGUACUCCCAAGUGGGUACGGAAUGCCUGAACUUUGUUCGCACACUGACAGACCGUGAUUCCAACUGCCAAUACACCGGUGGACCGGCCGAACAGCUUACAGUAGUCACUGCCUACAUGGACCUGUCGCUGGUCUACGGUAACUCCAUACAGCAAAACAGCGACAUCCGUGAAUUCCAAGGCGGUCGUAUGAUCGUGGAGGAGCGCAACGGAGCCAAGUGGCUGCCCUUGUCCCGCAACGUCACAGGGGACUGCGACGCUGUUGAUCCCAAUGAGGUCUGCUACAGAGCUGGCGACGUGCGUGUCAAUCAGAACCCAGGACUUGCUAUCCUACAAACCGUGCUGCUGCGUGAGCAUAACCGCAUUGCCGAUGCUCUCGCAGCGCUGAAUCCGCACUUCGAUGAUCGCACGCUAUUCCAAGAGGCCCGCAAAAUUAACAUUGCCCAGUACCAACACAUCAGCUACUACGAAUGGCUCCCCAUCUUCCUGGGUGGCGAAAAUAUGAUAAAGAAUCGCAUAAUCUACAAAGCACCCGGCGGUAGCUACGUGAAUGACUACGAUGCCAACAUCGACCCCAGUGUAUUAAACGAACACGCCACGGCUGCCUUCAGAUAUUUCCAUUCCCAGAUCGAGGGUAGAUUAGAUCUUCUGUCCGAGCUACGAUCAGUGCUUGGCUCAUUGACACUCAGUGAUUGGUUUAAUCGCCCUGGCAUUCUCGAAGUCGGCGACAACUUCGACUCCCUCACCAGAGGUCAUGCGACUCAGCCCGAAGAGCUGACGGAUAUCAAUUUUGACAGACAGAUUAAGCAUUUCUUAUUUAGACGUAAUAUGCCUUUUGGAUCCGAUCUGCGAUCACUGGAUAUUCAACGCAAUCGUGAUCACGGACUUGCGUCUUACAAUGAUAUGAGAGAAUUUUGUGGCCUAAAACGCGCUAGCUCAUGGGAGGACUUCGGCGAUCUGAUCAGCCCCCAAAUAAUUGCUACACUCAGGUCUCUCUAUGCGAGUCAUGAGGACGUGGAUCUGACAGUCGGGGCUUCCUUAGAGGCACAUGUAGCCGGUGCAUUAGCCGGUCCUACGUUCCUCUGCAUUCUAACAGAACAAUUCUAUAGAACUCGUGUCGGCGAUCGUUUCUUCUAUGAAAAUGGCGACAAAAUUACCGGUUUUACUCCAGAUCAAUUAGCGGAGCUGCGCAAGGCAAGCAUGGCGCGUUUACUAUGCGACAACGGCAAUAAUAUUGCUUCGAUGCAACCUGAAGCAUUUAAAACGGUUUCUGGAUCAAACCCUGUUGUGCCAUGCUCAAGUAUCCCGCAAGUUGACCUCACAAAGUGGAUCGACCAGAAUGUACAGCCCCCAUCAGACCAUUCUAUUCUGUUUGGAAAGAAAUGAUCACUUUCACUUUCUACAGACGAACCUAUCAUUAACUAGUUCAAAAUAUAACAUAUAGUUUAAUCAGGUUAAAAAGUUAUAAAAUCAACAAACUCUAUGUAUUAUAUUUCCCCUUUUUAU